GCUUCCUUAUAAGGAGACAGUGAGGGGCAGGAAGCUGCGCCUGGUGUAACAGAAAAUAGCUUCCUCCUGCUGUCACGCUGAGUGUGUGAUCUGUCUCCGGAUCCCAGGGUGAGGGAGCAGCGGUAAGGUAGUGCCCAGGACCCGGCAUCAUGCAGGACCCCAAUGCAGACACAGAAUGGAACGAUAUCUUGCGUAAAAAAGGCAUCCUUCCUCCCAAGGAGACUCCAAAGGAGGAAGAAGAAGAAGAGGAAGAAGAAGCCCAAAUCCUUAAGCUACAAUCUGUUGUGAAAACCUAUGAUGACAUGACUCUGCAAGAGCUGGAGGAGAAUGAGGACGAGUUUAGUGAAGACGAUGAAAGAGCCAUCGAACUGUACAGGCAGCAGAGGUUGGCUCAGUGGCAGGCGACCCAGCUAAAGAAUGUAUUUGGGGAAGUGUUAGAGAUUUCUGGACAAGACUAUGUGCAAGAAGUAACAAAUGCUAGCAAGGAUCUCUGGGUGAUUUUACAUCUUUACAAACAAGGAAUUCCACUGUGCACCUUGAUAAACCAGCACUUAGCUGGAAUUGCCAGAAAAUGUAAAGAUGUGAAGUUCCUGAAGUCCAUUUCUACCACGUGUAUACCAAACUAUCCUGACAAGAACCUACCCACUAUUUUUGUGUACCGUGAUGGUGAAAUCCGUGCUCAGUUUAUAGGGCCGCUAGUAUUUGGUGGUAUGAAUCUAACACAAGAUGAAUUAGAGUGGAAGUUAUCGGAGUCUGGCGCUAUCAAGACAGAGCUUGAGGAAAACCCCCGACAACAAAUCCAGGACCAGCUACUAACUUCAAUCAGGAGUUCAUGUGCCAUAAACAAAGAUGGUGAUUCAGAUGAGGACUGAUAUUCAGUGACUUUUAUGUUUGUCUGUUUUCAAUGUGUUGUUUUUUUUUGUUUUUUGGGUUUUUUUUUGUAUUCUUUUAAACUUCAUCCGUGCUUUAAAACUAUGGGUGAUCUCUGUGUUGGGGUUGCAAAUGAAGGGUUCCAAUAAGGAGGAAUGCAAUACAUAACACUUGAAAGAGAAAAAAAAAAGUCCAUAUUUUUUAUAAUAAAUAAUACAAUCUGCACCUGAAUAUAGCAUAGUUGAGACAAGACAGAUCUUGUGGCAUUAUUACCUCUGACAAAAACUGCAUCUAGUGGGCUGUCAAAUAAUGUUUUGUUUAUUUGGGAUUUGCAUUGUUAGUGUAAAGCUAUACAGCUAAUUCCAAUGACGAAACUGGCUGAUGCUUAACAAUUAAGUGAAUACAUGUGCAACAUUUUUAAGUGAAAAAAAAGAAAUGAAAAAAAUAACAGGCUCACUGCUCUCCAGGACUUGACAAGAGAGGGUAGGUAAGCCGUAGUGCAGCCAUUAUAAUGUUACAAGUACAAACUAUUACAAGGCACCCAAGCAGAUAAUCUAAAGGUGUGUGCACACGGUGAGAUAUUGCCUUGCGAUUUUGACCAUGUAGUAAAAAUCGCAAGGAAAGUUCGUGCAAAUCACAAGUUGUUAGCCACCUUCGGAUACCGAUGCAAUCCCAAUGCACACUCCCGUGGGGUUGGUAAUGCAAGGUUAGAUAGACUGUGCACAGUGGCAAACGCAGGAUUUGCAUGGGGGGGUUUCCAGAACUGGGUGGAGCCAAUCACGGGGGUGGGGACUGUGGUGACCCAGUAUAUGCUGGGUCCGUAAAACUAGUGUGUAUGUAUGUAUGUAUGUAUAUAUAUAUAUAUA